CAACGUUGCAGACCAGAUGACAAGCAACGCACAGGCUAAUUUUUCUAGUUCCUUUCUCAACUUUUCCUUAAAUUACGAAGCGGGAAGCCAGACGAAAAUUGUUUUCUUGGACAAAACUGUGGGAAACUGUUCAGUCGACUUCUCCUGCACGUGGGUGACAGACGAGCAAGCGGUUUCGCGGGGCAGCAGGGGAGGGGGCCAUAGGAUGGGAAGGAACGCAGAACGGCAUUGACUGUUGACUCUCCUUGUAAACCCGAUGCGCUCCGUGGUGUCUAAGGAAACCCAUACUCACGAAAAGUCCGCGAUUUGGUAGAACUCGCUCUCCCAAGUCUGUGUCUUGCCGCAGUCUCUUUGAUCGCGAGACGUGAAUGUCUCACUGCCGUAGCAACCGGCUUCUGCGUCGUCUAGUUUUUUUCUUCCACCGGUGCCGCGGUGAUUCCCUUUGUCUUGUUCACUCUCCUCCUUUUAAAUGAGCAGUGUGUACCGUUAAGCGCCGAGUUAAGUGGCAUCAUAUGUUUGCUGGUGAGCACCUGCAACGAAUGCGAGCUAAAUUCGGUAGUGUCUGGCCGCGGCCCUUUUCGUCUUCUUGCGUCUCAUUUCUUGCUCGUGGGUGAACCUCCAGCCCCGACAAACUGUCUUCAUUGUGCCUUUCUGUCUUGUAAAAGUCAAGUUGCAUGAAGGCGCGAUAUUGUUCCAUAGCCAUGCUGCAUUCCAUCCGGUGCAGCUCUGUCGUUUGAAGACUUGACAUUCGUUCAGCCGCCGAAUGUCCAGCUUGCUGGUUGCGGUGCGGACAAGUAAAUCCGUUUUUUUCGAGAAAAGCACCUCGAAUCAGAGUUUGCAUGAGCACAGAGUUCAGUUUCUAUGUAGCCGCUUUUCCUCGUAGUGCCCCACUCCGGGAGCGGUGAAAGAAGGCUUACCGCUCACCAGUAUGCCGACGCCUAGGAAAGAUUUACAUCGUUCCGGUGUACAUACACUGGUGACUUGCGGGCUUCCUUGCCAAAUACGAAUGAGGAAGUGGCUGUAGAACCCAGUAAAUAUUAAUCUCAUUCCUUGCUUCAGGACUAAUUCCUUCAUCUUAGUUUCAAAAACUCACCUCGUUUUCCUUUCUUUCGGGCCACAGUGUACAGGCAACUGUACUUUUCCGGGGGCGAGUUUUCCCUCCAUGUACCACAUCUGCGCCUACGGGCUCCGUCAUGUACAUGGCGUUCCGCUGAAGGCCUGAAAAUCCAUGUUUUUUCUUGCCUCCGAUGGAACGUCAUCGUUCCUCGUCUGUCAUUCCUGCCACAAAUGGCCUCGUUUUGCCUGUUGGAGCUGGAAAGCACUCGCCGUGUUUUUAUCGCUCUAUCUACGUCAUUUCGAAUUCUAAUUAUCCAAUCUCUCCUUUUCUGCCAUCUCCUUGUUCGUCGUCUGCAUUAGUCCCGCUGCUCGCACGUUUCUCGUCCUGUCUUUUAUUGAUGCCCCUCGCCUGAGACCAGCUUCUGUGUCUCAGUCAGUUCCACAAAAAUGGAUAAACUUCUGCAGCCCAUCGCCAUAUCCAGUCGCCUCGACAGCUCGGAUGAGUCGUCGGACAGCUGGGUUCGGAGUCGACGCCGCAUUUAUUCCUCCCGACACGAGGGCAAUGAAUCUUCUCCGCAGAGAGGUAACCGAACGCUGGGCCGUUCGGUGGGCAGCGACGAAGAGCCUCUGGACGGCCCCUCGUCCCAGGCGAAUGAGCGUUUCCCCAGGUUGAGAGACUUAAAAAAGCUAUUCUCCCAAGUGCCCUCGCGAACGCAGAAAUUGUGGAAGUACAGAGAUGAAAACGGCCACGUCAAGGGACCAAUGACGGCGUUGAAGCUCCUCAAGUGUAUCGAAACAGGUUUCAUCAAAGGUCGCGGAGACAAAGUGCUCUUCACGUCCGUCGGAGACAGCGAGCCUCCGCGAAGACUCGCUGACAUUUUGCCGGAGAUUUUGAAAGAUGCCAACCUUUCCAUGGAGAAACAGACUGCGCCUCCUGUCGCAGAUGCUGGAGGAAACCAGGAAAUUGAAGUGGCUACAGAGUCGCCCAUGCAAUUUGCUGACGACGCCUUCUCCACUGAAGCUGUGUUGGACAUACAAAAACUUCACAAGAGCUUUGGCUCUUGCGAUCUCGUCGUCUGGCUGGUUCCACCCCAAGAAAGACUUCAGCACCUCGCCGAGGGCGCCACAGAGUCUCAGUUUACACCUCCUCCAAAGGUUUUCAAGAUCCCUGUGCACAGUGCACUUCUGCGCAUCUCGUCGCCUAUCUGGCUGAAAGACCUCACAGUCGUGGAAGCGAAACAUCGCACGAAGAUGAAAUGCAACCGAGACGAUGACGGUCGUGUGUUGAUGAAAUACGUAAUUGAGUCUUUCCACCCUGCGGCAAUUCGAGCGAUCAUUCAAUACAUCUACGGAUACAGGCACGAGGUUUUGCAAGGAGAUCCGUUUCUCCAGGUGGCGGUGUACAAAGAAGCCUCGAGGCUGGAGAUGAAGCAGCUGCAGAAAGAAGUGCUGCGUGCUCUCAGUGCGCCGAUGAACAUCGGUCCUCUUGUCUCUCUCGCAAAAGCCGCAGAAGUGAUGAAAGUAGACCAGCUUCUCCUGGAGGCCAUUCGCAUCCUCGCAGGAUGCGCUUACGCUCUCUUCUCGGGCAUGCGUCAUCUCGAACUGGGCCCUAAAGGGCUUCAGCUGCUUCUUCUGCAAGACAACAUUCAGUUGGACGAGCCUCAGAUCUACAUUUGUGCCAAUGCGUGGCUAGCCCAGCAAGGAGUCUCUCACGCUUCGGCCUCCUACCGAGCUGCCUCCUUCGCGGAUGACCCUUUGUCGCCUUCCCUGGCUCCACAUAGACGGAAAGAAAGAGACUUUCGGCAAGCGGAGGAACUCGCAGGAACCGGAAGCAACUCUCUCACUGAACCUCCGCCCGGCGUUCAACGGGACAUGGCCAUGGCCGUCUACCGGUCGAUUCGCUUCGACUCAAUGUCCCCAAGUCAGAUUCAAGUUUGUCGAGACCCUCUGCUCGACUCGCUGCUUCUGGAAGCCUGUCUGCGCAAAUUUUCUCAUUUGGAGACGAAGCCUCGUGUAUUUCCUUGGCAGGGGAACGACCAGUUCACAGUUGAGCGAGAUGGAGGCCUUUACCCUGUUCUGCUCAAGCGCACGAGCCGGUCAGCCCCGCGAUUCAGAGAAGCCGGCACGGAGCCUUUGAUCUGGGCGUGGACACUGGGGGAUUCCCGCCUGAUCAACGAGGCUCUGUGGGGUAUCGAGGUCGUGAGGACCGCGAAAGGCAGGCUUCACUUUGGAAUUGCAGUCGAAGAUAAAACCACGCAAUCUCGACAAGUGUGCUACUUGGACCCGGCGGAGAAGGCGUUUGUGACUGGCACCAUCACGAAUGAACCAACGGCUGUGUCAUACCGGACAGUUCAACCCGGAGGUGAUGUACGAUGGUAUCGUCGCUUGUGCGAUGGGGACAUCGUUAUCGUGCGAGUCUCUGUCACAACUUCAGCUAUCCAUCUUUCGAUUCAAGUUUUGAAGAGUAGAUCCAUGCGGGCGUCUUACAUGUUGGCCCUGCGUUCGCCCGUGUGUUUUCCUGGUCAGCUUCUCCAGCGUCCGUUCUUGGCAAUUUGGCCGUUCAUCGAGGCCGUGAACAUCGGCGACACUCUAGGAGUUGCGGAGCUGCAGGUUGAAGCCAUCGAUAUUCCGUGAAAUGAAAACGAAGUGUGAAUAUACUGGGACUUACGCAGAACCCCCUCCCCUCCCAAGUGACAGGUGUGGACGACGAAAAUAACGGGAGCUUCUCUGGAUCGGAUUUGUGUGGCAAUUGCCUAGAUGUAUCGACACACAGACAGAUCCGUGUAAAGAAUCGCUUGUCGCGCAUGCAGUGGCACAAAGGGGGAAUGUGUGAAGCAACUGUGCCCUUCUGUCGCCCGAAGAGUGAGAAAGAGACUUUCCUGUCUUGAUAAGAUCGCACUGAAACACGAGUCGCACGUUAUUCCCGUUUUUUCCGCGUGGAAGCUGUCAGUGGCAGAGCCAUCAGGCGACGGAACACAAGUCUGUUAAAGGCGUUUGUAAGGUGGCGAUCCUGAGACAGACGUCUUUUCUUCUGAGGUUCUGUCGGUCUCCUUUUCGGAUGCGGAGGAGUAAAGUGGCUUCUACCGCUGGGUUAGAACUUCUGUGCGUCCGCAUUUGCAAGUGCAUAUUUGAACCGUGACGUCUCGGGUGUCGCCUUGGUCCAACUAGGUAGAAGAAACUUGGCAAUCAUUACGUGUUCUGUAUAAACGACAAAAAGGCACCGCGAUUUCAGAUCGGUGGGCAAGUCUCUCGCAUUUGUGGCUAAAGCUUCGAGAGUGGCAAAGAGAAGGGAGGGGGCGUGAGUAUUCUUUGUGGGGAUCUCUGCGGUUAAAACUCGUGCCACAUCUUCGGGAAUGGAAAAGCGGUGCCCGUCGACCAACGUUGCCUUUUCUGACACCAAUAACCACAGUUUCGUACGCAAGGUUACAGUUUGUCAGCAAUGGUGGCUGUGUGCCGGUGUGUCUGGCCGCGUGUCGCACCAUCUGUUCGAGGCAUUGACAGAAAGAAGUGGCCGUGUUUAAGCGUUUUUGCUCUCUGUUUGACCGGUUGUGAAUGCGUGGAAAUUCCCGUGUUGGCCAUUGUCACGAUUCAAACAUCCAGAUCAGAGAACUUUUCAAUGAAUUGUCUAGGC